AUGAUAAUAGAAAGUUUAGAUUUCAGAAGUAGCCUCAUAAAUCAAAGGAUAAGUGGUUAAUUAACUCAUGUUUAUGAUCAUUUCAAGCUUAAUAUGAAAAAAGAACUACAAUUCACUGAUACUAUUCAAUUAAAAAAUGAAAUCAGUUCUAUCAUCAAAGAAUUAUUAUAAAUAUUAUUAACAUUAUAAAUUAUGUUAGAGAUAGAUCCUUACGAAAUUUUAUAUACCAGCUGUUGGAGAAAGCAGAAUUAAAUAAUUAGAUAACAAACUCUCACUUUUAUGACAAGUAGUCUUUCUACUUUACUGAACCAAAUUGAAUAAAUGUUUAUUUUUUAACUUAGUAAGUUAGGAAAUAAGGAUGA